AUGAAUACUCAGAAUGAAGAAAGAGGUGUUUGCCUGCAAUUAUUAAUCCGAGGAAGAACAAGUCACGAAAUCACCUCUUUUGCUGGGAAUAUUGUUGAUGUGAGCAAGUUCUUAUUGAUUUACAGAUCUCUUUACACAUUGCUCGUACCAAGCAAACAGCUAGGAAAUCAACCGGCGGCAAGGCUACACGUAAGCUGCGAGGAAGUCAUUCUAGCCACCGGAGGAGUGAAGAAGCCUCACCGUUUCAGGCCGGGAACCGUUGCUCUUAGGGAAAUCAGGAAGUACCAAAAGAGCACUGAGCUCUUGAUUCGAAAGCUUCCCUUCCAGAGGCUGGUGGGGGAAAUCGCUCAAGAUUUCAGGACAGAUUUGAGGUUCCAAAGCAGCGCCGUGGCCGCUCUUCAAGAAGCUGCCGAGGCCUAUCUCGUCGGACUGUUUGAGGAUACUAACUUAUGUGCCAUUCAUGCGAAGAGGGUUACCAUUAUGCCUAAGGAUAUUCAGCUUGCUAGGAGGAUUAGAGGUGAGAGAGCUUAG